AUGGCCGCCAAGAGUUUUGCUUUCCGCCUCAGAGGCUCCCGGCGUUUUCUGAGUGGCUUCGUGGCCGGGGCUGUAGUGGGCGCCGCAGGAGCAGGACUCACGGCCCUGCAGUUCUUCCGCAGUCAGGGCGCCGAGGCAGCAUUGGCAGGGAGGGAGCCGGACGGUGAUGCAGACAGAAAACACUGUAAAUUUAAGCCUGAUCCUAACAUCCCUCCAACCUUCAGUGCCUUCAAUGAGGACUAUGUUGGAAGUGGGUGGUCACGAGGACACAUGGCUCCAGCAGGAAAUAACAAAUUUUCAAGUAAAGCCAUGGCUGAAACAUUUUACCUUUCUAAUAUUGUGCCUCAGAAUAUUGAUAAUAAUUCUGGAUAUUGGAACAGAAUAGAAAUGUACUGUCGAGAACUGACAGAGAGGUUUGAAGAUGUUUGGGUAGUAUCUGGACCUUUGACAUUACCUCAGACUAGGAAUGACGGGAAGAAAACAGUUAGUUACCAGGUGAUUGGUGAUGACAACGUGGCAGUACCUUCACACCUUUAUAAGGUGAUUCUGGCUCGCAGAAGCCCAGUAUCUUCUGAACCGCUGGCACUGGGGGCCUUUGUGGUGCCCAAUGAAGCCAUUGGCUUCCAACCCCAGUUAACUGAAUUCCAAGUGAGCCUCCAGGACCUAGAGAAGUUGUCAGGACUAGUGUUUUUUCCUCAUUUGGAUAGAACUAGUGAUAUCAGGAAUAUCUGCUCUGUGGAUACCUGUAAGCUUCUGGAUUUCCAGGAGUUCACUCUGUACCUGAGUACAAGAAAAAUUGAGGGAGCCCGAUCAGUGCUCAGACUGGAAAAGGUCAUGGAAAAUUUGAAGAAUGCAGGGAUUGAACCAGAUGAGUACUUCAUGAGUCACUACGAGAAGAAACUAGAAGAACUCAAAGCUAAGGAGCAGUCAGAAACCCAGACAAGAAAGCCAUCCUAAUUUUUGUCUCAGAAGAUAUGUGAUAUCAUUUGUAAUGAAGCAGGCAUGCCCUCUUCAGGUGAAUAUAUUGUAGUGGCUUUGCUUUAAAGAAAUGAUGAAAUUCUAAAUUUAAGACUAAAAACUCCCCCAAAUAUGAAAGAUCAGCAAUCUUUUUUUGUCAAUGUUUAAUCUGACUUACGGACUAAUUAUUAAGGAAGCUGUCACACCUGCAGAUUGAAGGCUGAUCUUGUGUUAACAGGAAGACUGUAUCUGUAAGAUGACACUGUGUCUCUCUGGAUGUAUAGUACAUGAAGGCACUGUUUAUUUCAUGCCUUCAAAUCAUAUAUUGUCUUUGAUGUAUCUGCUUAACCUUCUUAGAACGCAAUAUUGUAUGUUUUUCCCCCCUAGGACUUGAUUUGGUCUUUGAGAUAGCUUUUGGAAAUGCUC